GGCAGUCGGCUCUGGAGGCUGGCAGAGCGAGGUUCUGUUUCUUCCUCUGGGAGGUGGUGACUAAGACUUUAGAAUAAUCUGUGAAACUCUGCAUUUAUGUUUUAGGCAUUUUAUGUAAAUAUUUUAUAUUUCUCACUAGUAAAACGUUUAAGAGAAUACACCCACGGGACAAUCUGCAGUGAUACACGUUCUAUGAAGUUCUCAGCUUUGUUUGUGUGAAAAGCGUUAGUGCUGUUUGCAGAGAGAAGCUGAGUGAAUAAGUUACAUGACAGCCACAAGCUGGAAAAAUACGAAGUGUUCAGCAAGGGAUGAGUGUGGGCCACCGUUCCUGGUGCGCAGUAGAAAGAGAGGGCUGGGGAUGAUUCCUUAGAGCGAUGUGUGGAAACACCUGGGCCUCUACACGCACAGGUCUGGGGAGGCCCCUGCAUGUCCACGGGCCCCCCACGGUGCUGCCGCCCCCACAGUACUGCCACAGGGAUGCUCUCUGGGUGGCGGGGUCAUGGGAGAUUGCAUUGUAUUGUAUUUUUCCUUUCUGCUUCCCAUUUCUUGGAGACAAAUCUGGUUGCCAUGGAGACCGUGCUGUUGUCAAGGUGGCUGAUUGGCCGGCGCCGGAUGCAGGGAUGCUUCCUUGGGCCCCCGGCGGGCGCAGCCCUCAGCCCGCACUGCGGAGCUAGGCGGCAGCAUGGACGGGGCUGGGGCAGACAUGUGGGCCAGCACCUUCACCCUGGCCAUGGCCGAGAGGAAACCCCAGGACGUGUGGGUUCUGCUACCUGAGCACAGCCUGGUCCCAGGACGCCUGGACGGCGGUGGCGUCCAGUACCUGCUGGUGGGGCUCUCGAGGCUCCAGUGCAGUCGCUGUCCGGGGACCUGGGACUCGGCCCACGUGCAUGUCCUUUUCCACCUGUGGUGGGACAGGGCCGGCCGCCGGGGGCUGGUGAAGAUGCGCAUCUGGGGCCAGCGGUGCAAGCUGUGCCCUGCGCCCGGGGACUGCCAGGUGAGGCCCCCAGGCGAGCGGCCCUUCCUCAGCAGGCUGGUCUUGCACAUCCUGCAGGACUGCUACGGGGAUGGCCUUGGCCCAACCCGGCACCCCAGGGAGGCCUACGAGGGCUGCUGUGAGGCCUGCGAGCUGGGGGUCUGCUUCCUCCAGAAGGCCCCGGACCCUGCCUGGAGCGCCAACACCACGAAAGGCAACUUCCCCGCCACGGCCUGGGGUGGCACCGGCGCCGUCUCCAGGGGCAAACAGCUGCCUACCUCCGGCGAUGACCUCGGCAAGGGUGGUGGUGUCAUCGCCAUCCCCUUCUCCCUUGUGCGCGCCAGCAAUGACCAGGUGCCCAUCGCUGAGGGCCCUGCAAUCCCUGCCUCUCUCUCACAGGAGGCCUCUCUCCCUGUGACCGGCAGCCGUGGGGCUCUGGUCAUUGGCCAGGGCUCCAUCUACCUGUCUGGGGAUUCUGUGGCCAUGCCUGGGGGCAAAGGCUUCCCAGUGGCCAUUGGAGACCCCCUCUUCCAUGGCCCUGGCCUCCUUGGCAGCAGUAUCCAGACCUUUGAGCUCAAAGGUUUCCUUUUCAAGGGCCGGGGUUCCCUCCGUAGCCCCGUUGGCGUGGCCCAGGGCUGGGGCCCCGUCUCCCUCAACAAUGGCCUUGUCCCUGCGGGGAAACACACGCCAACCAUGUUCUACUGCGUCGGCCUCUCGGCCAGUGGGGAGGGCUCCCUCACCUUCCCCUCCUCCCUCACUAGUAUCUUCACCAACAUCUUCUCAGAGGCCACCGAUGGCGCUGUGGCCACUAAAGAGGCCUCCAUCACCCUCCCCUUCAUCUUUACUGAUGUCAAGGACGCUGUUGCUGAAGUGGCUGAAGGCAACGAGAAGGAAGGAGGCGGCCAGGGCCUCAUCCCUGUGGGUCACGACCCCCUGCCAGAGACCAACGCUGGUGGCCUCGCCUCCCAGGUCAAGGGCUCCCUCGCCCUCUCCUUCCCUGCUGAUGUCCAAGGCAAAGAUUCCUUUACUGACAUCUCUGAAGGCAAAGAGAAGGAAGGUGGCCUCGUCACCGCGGGUCAGGACGCCCCUCUGGAGGCCGAUGCCCAGGGCCCCGUCACCGUCAGUGAGGGUUCCAUCACCAUCCCCUUCUCAGUCUUUGAUGUCAUAAAGCACAAGGGCGGUGGCCACGUUGCCUACGGCCCCCAGGGCAAUGGCUGCGUCUCCCAAGGCUAUUACCAGAAGAGGCGGCUGAGGUCCAGGUUCCACAAGGCCCGCUGUGGGUGCCGCUGGGAGGAAGACGAACGCCCUGGCCACGCCCGUCGCAGGCCGCACGCCGAGCCCUACGAGGACUUCUGGAUCUGGGUGUCCAUGACCGUGUGCGUCUUCUGGCUGAUGUGCAUGUGUCGGCUGAACCCCGGGAUCUACCCGCAGCAAGUGUGAUGCCCCGAAGUUCAGGCAACCCUCGCCUCUGGGACCCCGCCUCAUCUCUGGGACCCCCGCCCCUGCCUUUCAGACGCCCGCCCUGCCUCCGAGACCCCGCCCCCCGCCUCCGAGGGAGACCCCACCCCUGCCUCUGAGACCCCCGCCUCUGAGGCCCCGCCCCACCAUCUCCGAGGCCUCACCUUUGAGACGCCCGCCCUGCCUCCAGGACCCCACCCCUGCCUCUGAGACCCCCGCCUCCGAGGCCCCGCCUCACCUUUGAGACACCUGCCGUACCUCUGAGACCCCGCCCCGCCAGCAGCCCAGCCUCUCCUGUCUCUGGCUUCUAGUGGUUUUGUGGGUCUGCCCUGAGCUGUUCCUGUGUGCUCCAGGCUCUUCCUAUGUGUGUAACUCCAAUAAAACCAAGCAAAGCCAGCCACGCAGCCCUCCACCGAGGGAGGUUUCCAGGCGAAAGAAACCUGGGCCGGUCCUUCUGUCCCUCCACCCUGCAGGGGCCCCUCACGCCCACCGCUUCUUCCCCUGGGGAGAGCUCCCUCUUGGGGAUUCCACAU